GUGCGACGGUGCAGAGGAAGGGUCCCUUGACUCCCUUCCUAUUUCCAUUCACUUCCUUGCCAGACCUCCACUCUGUCUCGCGCCAGAGUGUCUUAACUGCUCUCUCCUCUCUCCCUCUCUUCUCUGUCUGCUCAUGGAGAUUUAAGAGACGCGCCUGCUUCAUCCGGAGCUCGCUCUCUCUCUCUCUCUGGAUGAUUAAAGACGCAGCUUCUUCCUCCUGUGGACUUUCAGGAAGCUCGGAGAUGUGAGACUUCUUUCUGCUAAAGGAAUCAAGCGUUUCUCUUUGACAACUAGCUCCACAUCAGCAAGUCAUCGCCUUGACCUGGUGGUUUGACUUCGGUUGCAUGGUUUCUUCAAGAUUUUCUGCAGCUGUAGAUGAUAUUUCUUGGUUUCUAGCAGCAGCGUGAAUUUGCAGCUUUGAGGAUUUGUAUCAGGUUUUAUGGGAGAGUAAUUCAACAAUGGCCUCAGGAAAUGACAGUAGCAGACACGAUGAACUGUUUAUGAGAUGAUGAACAAAUUGGUGCAUUUUAAACAAAUAACUCUCUGCUAGAAGCUGGUCCACUGUCGAGAAAUGGGACGAAACAGUGCCCGCUUAUCACUUUUCAAGUUUGCUUUGGUCUCUGCCUUCCUUGCCUUGUCUACCUUUCCAUUUUCUGAUGGUCAAUUACAGCCUUCUCAGGUUCAGGCCCUCCUAACCUUUCAGAGAGUGUUGGAAUUCCCACCAGUGUUGAAUGGCUGGAACAACUGGACAAAUUUUUGCGGGAUCCCUCAGAGUUCGUCUUUGACUAUUGUUUGCUAUGGGAAUUCGAUAACUGAACUGAGCAUUGUCGGAAACAGAGCGCCGCGUUCUCUUAUCUCAAACGGGGUUCAAAACUUCUCUGUUUCAAACCAGACUUUAUCCUCUCAGUUCUCAAUUGAUUCUCUUUUUAUCACUCUCUCUCAGUUCCCGGGAUUGAAAACACUUUCUCUUGUUUCGCUGGGAAUAUGGGGCAACUUGCCCACAAGGAUCAGUCAGUUGUCAUCCGUCCAAACUCUGAAUUUGAGUUCAAACUUCAUUUACGGAUACAUUCCUAUGCGAGUUUCUUUGCUGAAGAACCUUCAGAUUCUUGCUCUAGAUAGAAACAUGCUUUAUGGUCCCGUUCCAAGUUGGGUUGGUUCGCUUCCUUUUCUCUCCGUUUUGGAUCUUAGCAACAAUGCACUAAAUGGUUCACUUCCAUCAUCAUUGGGGACCACAAAGAACCUCACAUUCUUGAGCCUAUCAAAGAAUAAUCUGUCUGGAGAUGUACCUGAUCUCAGUGGUUUGAUUGACCUGCAAGUGCUGGAUUUGGCGGAUAAUCUUCUUGGUCCUAAGUUCCCUGCUCUUGGACACAAGAUUGUGAAAAUUGCAUUGCAGAAGAACAAGUUUACCUAUAACAUUCCCCAUCAAAUUGCAUCGUCUGAAGGACUGCAGUCAUUUGAUGUUUCAUCUAAUAGACUGGUCGGGCCUAUUCUGCUGCCAUUGUUUUCUUUGCCAUCUAUUCAAUAUCUGAAUCUGAGUGGGAACAGGUUGACUGGAGUGCUCCCAAUGAACAUGACAUGUAAUCCAGGGCUUCAGUCUGUGGACAUAUCAAAUAACCUUCUGACGGGGAGUUUGCCGUCCUGCCUUGCGACCACCUCUUUGAACAAGUCCGUCUCAUAUUCGGGCAACUGUCUGGAGAAAACUUCCCAGUACCAGCACCAGCUUUCUUUUUGCAGCAACGAAGCAAUCGCUGCAAUUCCACCUCCUAUAAAAAAGAAACCAUCACCAAACAGAUUGAUACUUCUAUUGGGUGUUGCUGGAGGAAUUGUGUUAACUGCAGUUAGCUUGGCACUCCUUGUACUUGUGGUGUGUAAGCGAUGUAGAAGGACGGCGUAUAAUAGACAUUACAAAUCUUCAGCAGUAACUGUUUCAGCAAGCUUCCCUCCAAAGCUGCUGACAAAUGCUAAGUACAUAUCUCACACCAUGAACUUGGGCCCUCUUGGCUUGCCACCCUACCGUGUUUUCACUAUAGAGGAGAUCGAAGAAGCAACAGAUAACUUUGAUAGGGCAAAUCUAAUGGGGGAAGGAUCUCAGGGUCAGCUUUACAGGGGUAGACUUAAUGACGGUUUUCUUGUUGCUGUGAGAAGUAUUCGGCCAAAACAGACGCACACAUUGCAAAGUUUAAUGCAAUACGUAGAACCUCUAUCAAAAAUUAAACAUCGUCAUUUGGUCAGCACUCUUGGUCACUGUAUUGUAAAUUCUGCAGAUGGCACAAACGUUGAAACGAUAUAUCUAGUCUUUGAGUUUAUAUCAAAUGGAUCACUAAGUAGCCAUCUCUAUGAAGGAAGGAAGAGAGAUAUUCUGAAAUGGUCAGAAAGAGUGUCUACCGCAAUGGGCGUAGCAAGAGGUGUCAAAUUCUUGCACACAGGGGUUGUGCCUGGCAUUUAUGGUAACGACUUGAAGGCUGAAAACAUUCUUUUGGACCAAAAUCUCACACCCAAAAUUUGUAAAUACAAUCUGCCCACACCAUUAAAAGAUGUGGGCUGUAAGGUAGAUUCUGCAAGUCUUUCCAGCGCAGCAGCAGAUAGUCAAUCAGCCAGGGUGGAGAAUGGAGAGAAAUUGGACGUCUAUAGGUUGGGCGUCAUUCUACUGGAGCUUAUUGUUGGCAGGCGACUUGCCUCUCGAAAUGACCUACAAAAGAUGAAAGAACAGGUUCAUACAAGCUCGUUCAUGGAGGCGGAAAGAUUGAAGGAGGCAGUCGACCCAUCGAUUCGUUAUUCAUGCUCGUAUGCUUCGAUAAGGACAGUAGUUGACAUCACUCUGAAGUGUCUAUCUGAAGACCCUGCGUUACGCCCCUCGGUGGAAGAUGUCAUAUGGCACUUGCAGUAUUCGGCUCAGGUGCAGGACGGGUCAACUACCAACUCCCACGUUGAUGACUACCCGGAUUUGCACAUCUAAGAUGAUCAAGUCCAAGUGGUUGCCCCUUCAAGAGUGCCUUGUUGCUCUCAUCUUCAUCUCCUCCUCAUCUUAUUGAGUAGCUAGCUGUAGUUUGUGGAUGAGCGUGUAGAAUGUAAAAAACGAGCCCCUGUAUUGGGGCUGCUUAGACUCGGUCAUUCUUUGUGAAGCAAAAUAUGUGCUUAGAUUUGUGUGUUC